CACAGGCUGACAGGGUGUUUGGGAUUUUGCGGUGUUAAAUUAGAAGUGGAUAUAUCACGUUGAAGCGGGCGUAUCGUAGGUAUAAAGAGCGAGGAACAGCUCGCAUUUCCAUUGCUGCAUACACCCCUCUUAAUAUAUACUACUUCACAGUACUAUACCUCUUCCCAUACAAAAAGUUUCACAACACCCAACAGUCGUUUCCAAAAUGAAGUCCGUCGUCGCCUUGUCUCUCUUCGCUGCCGGUGCCCUCGCCCAGGCCCCAGCCUACUUCAGCGUCUUGUCAACCCGCAGUGCCUCUCCUGUGCACUUGCUCCCAUUGACAGCUCGUGGUGGAAAGUUCUUCCUCGGUGGACCUGGACCAUCUUCCUACUGCCCCCCUCAGGUCGGGGAUGGAUGUCCGUCUGGUAACACGACAGUUUUUGCAGGCGGAGAGGAAACUCUUUCCCUAGGAGUUGUCGUUCCAGGAGGCCAGCAAGUGUACGUCGGCCCUGAUGGUAAUCUGUCAUACACAUCUCCCCACUCUGCAUACAAGCCGGAGGGAUCCAUUGUUGAUGGAUGGUCCAAGGGUUCGACUGGAACGUUCGGAACCUUGGUCUGGGAGAAUGGCCUCGUUGCUUGCCCGGCAGGAGAAGGAGAGGGUUACCAAGUUUUUGGCCAGAUCGAGGGCGUCGAGCGUGACCCCGCGUGCUUGGGUUUCAAUGCCAUUACUGCCAAUGCUACCGACGCCGGUGCAUGGCAGUACUAGAUUAGCAUUGUCCAGCACGGAGAUAGGAUAAUGCGUAUUAAUGGAAUGAAUGAAAGACUGCAAAGAGAAAUCUAAGCAGAUCAAGGGACGCGAAGGAUGGAGGAUAUUAAUGAUAACGAAACCAAAUAUGGCUUUAGCAGGAGACCAUAGCCUGCAACAAUUACCAGAUC